ACGUCAACAAACGUUGCCAACCAAAACAAGUCAAAAACUAAAAUGGCGUCUUUACAAUAUUCUCUUUGUUGCGUGUGAAAUGAAAACAUUUAAAUACUCUUUGUCCUUGUUUUGAUUUCCCGGUGUGUUUAUAUGUGCUUAUAUUUCGUAAAAAUUAUCUUUAGAAGCAGAAAUAGCAAAGAAUUUUCAGGUUCUUUCACUACAGCUCAUAGUAUAAUAUUGUGAUAAGUCUUGUCCAUUAAUAGGUUUAUGGUCGAAGGUCUCACCAAAAGGAGUUUUAUCACGAUAUAGUCCUAAAUAUUCGAGAAAAUGGAACAAGAAGUAUUGCCUGACACGGAUUUUGUAUGUGAUUAUGAGGAAUGUUAUAUAGAAGAUGAUGAAGAGACCACCCCUGUUACAGUUAACAGGGCCCAGUUGCAGGCAUGCAGAAUAUGUCUCUCGACUCACCCAAACCUGGUUGAGAUCAAGGAGGUGUGCGGUCAAGUCUACACGGUGCUCCUGUGUCUACCAUAUGAAGACACAGACGCACUGCCACACUACCUGUGCAAGCAAUGCGAAGGGGCCCUGAAAAACUACAUGCAAAUGAACUUGAGAAGUCUAAAAACUCAUGACAAGAUGAUUGCAGCGCCUCAAACUUCAAUGGCAUGCAUAGUCUGUUACCGGAGUAAACUCAUCAUGGUUCCGUGCAACAGCUCCGUGACAUACAUCUACAAGCUGCUGACGGGCAUAGACCACAACGACAGCUCGACGCUGUACGUCUGCCCGCGGUGCCACGAGGCGCUGAAGAAUUACAUGAAGAUGCGGCUGAAGAGUAAGAAAUCGCACCAGCUGAUGAUCGGCAUGCUCAAACGUGGGACGCUUACCGAAGAUAAUAUAAAAAAACUUGAACAGGCUGAAAAAGACAUCCAAACUGAUGUCAAAACUAAUAACUCCGAUGUGACAACUAAAGUGGAACUUAAUGAUCCUGAAAAAAUAAUAAAUCUGUACAAAAUAGAAGAGAAUAUUAAGUAUGAAAUAGUUGAUAAUGACCAUGAUACAAAGGAUUUAGUUGAUUCAAUUCUAAGAGAAGCUUGCGGCAAUGAUUAUGAUGAUAAUAGAAUUGUUAACGAAAAUAAUGAAGCUAAUGACACUGGUAAUGCUACGAUAGUCAGCAACAUCGGUGUCACAAACGCGCCUAUAGUUAAAACCGUUAUUAUUAGGAAAAAGAAAGAAAACAAUAGCACUGAACAACAAGUUAAUGAUGAACAACAACAAAUUAACGAAAAUAAUUGGAAUGAUGACUUGAAACGGUUCGAUCCUAAUGGUAUAAGCCAUGAGGAGGUUAUUGAAAGCACACAUGAUGUGUCACUUAAUGUCAACACAACCGCUAAUGAUGAUAGCGUCACAAAACAGAAAGCAGACAUUUCUCCAAUAAUCAUAAACAACAUUUGGUUCAAAACGACAUAUCCUGACGACAUAACUACUAAAGAAAAUGAUAUUGAUACUGAAGCUGAACCUGUCAAAGUAAAAGAAGAAAAACACUCAACUACAAUGCUCGAAAAUGGUAUGGAGGUGGAUGAAGAGGUUUUCGAGACUUUCCACAUCACUACACUGACUGAAGAGGAGAAAAAACAGAUAAUCGAAGAAAGACAGUUUGGGAAGAACUAUUUGAACUCUCCGUUUGUGUGCACUUUGUGCUAUGUUGGAUUCACGAAACAGUCUGGCCUGGAGAAACAUAUGAAACACCAUUGUCCGACGCGGGGCCCGUACGAGUGUCUCACGUGUCACUUUAGAUUCCGCACCGCGCGGUUUGUGAAGAGCCACAUGGAGAUACACCACGACUACGAGUGGAAGUGCAAGGAGUGCCCCUUCAAGACUUAUAACAAAAAAUCAGCGAAAUUUCAUCUAACCUACCACGUUGACAGCUACAAAUGUGAUGUUUGCGGAGAAUUAUUUCACCGCUACUGGGCCCUAUUCACGCACAAGCGCUACAGCCACGGCUGCGGUCCGACGGAGCUGGCGUGCGGACUGUGCGGACACUCGCUGUCGUCCGCCGGCGGACAGCGGCGGCACAUGGCGCACUCGCACCCCGGCGACACGAGGCAGGUGCCGAUCGACGGCCCGCGCUGCGGCGAGUGCGACGUGCGGUUCGUGUCGCUGGAGGCUCUAGAGACGCACCUGCAAGUCAGCGAGAGGCACAACCCGACAUCCCUAAUUGAAGAUUCUACUUCUCAUCCUGCCUUGCAACCGAGGUAUUCGCCGCCGCUCACAGAGCAGACCACCCCUCGACGGAGACAGAAGCGCGCGCCGCCGUCGGCCGUGUGCGAGCUGUGCGGCCGAGACUUCCACAACUCGACCAUCCUCCAGGACCACAUGAACGUGCACUACAGCCGCACGUUCCGGUGCGCUGUUUGCGGGAAGGAAUUCGCCAAAGUGACGUCUCUGAACCAGCACUUGAACAUACACGAGGCGGCCAAGUACCCGUGCCGCGUGUGCUCGAGGAUGUUCAAGUCCUACACCAAUAGAUAUAGGCAUGAACACGUGGUACACGCGAAAAUUAGAAAAUUCAAGUGUAAAUACUGCGAGAAAACCUUCAAGGGCAAACAGGAGACGGUGGCGCACCAGAAGCACGUGCACGAGAAGAUACCGUGGCCGGCGAGGCACCGGCGCCGCGCGGGCGAGGGAGACGGCACGAGGGGAGAGACAGCACCAAGAGAGAGAUAGCACGAAGAGAGAGACUGUAGGAAGAGAGAGAUAGCACGAAGAGAGAGACAGUAGGAAGAGAGAGAUAGCACGAAGAGAGAGACAGUAGGAAGAGAGAGAUAGCAAAAAGUGAGAGAUAACACGAAUAGAGCGUAAAGAGAGAUAGCACGAAUAGAGAGAGAAGAGAGUAUGAAAUGUUAGGAAACUGAAAUAUCAAAACAAUUUUUGUUUUAGAGUACUUGUAUAGCGUAGCAAAUAAAGCAUUGGAAAUAAAAAAAUACGCAAUCAUGCAACGUUAUAAUUUUUGUGGUAAGCAUGGUUUUAAAAUAAAAUACAUGGUUGAAUUUCUCUUAUAGUUGUAUAUUAUAUA